CUUCAUGGCGCUGCUGGCCGAGACACGGCACCGCGGCGCCUUCGAGCAGGCGCACGUGGGCUUCAGCCGCGUCUGCCACACGCUCUGGAAGUCGCCGCUGCCGGAGCUGAACCAGACUCCGGGCCGCUGGUUGGACGAGGUCGUUGCCGACAUCCGGGGGGAGGGACGACAGACGCUCUGCUCCACCCGCCGCAGUGCCGGACUCCCCUUCCUGAUGCAGGCGCUGCUGACGUCAGAGCCAUCUGUGAUCGGCUCGGCGUACUUCAGCCGCUCGAUGAGCUCGCUGCUGGAGGUGGCGACGCAGGGCGGCGAGACGUCCGUACACGCCAUGAACGUUCUGCGCGCCCUGUUCCGUGACGCCCGGCUCGGCGAGAGUGUCGGCGCGCACGUGACCGACGGCAUCAUGGCCGCUGUGACGGCCUUCAAGGCCGACACGUGCGCGGAGCGUAACUCUGCGUCACUGCUCUUCGCCGCGCUAGUGACGCGCGUGUUCGGCGUUCAGCGCAGCAGGGACACGCUCGCCAAGAAGAACUGCAUGACGGGCCGGCUGUUCUUCCUGCGCUACCCGGCGCUCUACCCGUUCCUGUGUGCGGAGCUGGCGGCCAGUCGGGACCCGUUCCCCGUGCUGCUGCUGCUGGCGCGGCUCUACCCAUCGCCGGUUGAGGGCAGCGACUCGCAGUACCCGCUGCGGGCGUUCCUGCCAGCGCUGCGCGCGGCCGCCGCCUCCAUGGUGCUGCAGGCACGUCUGCUGGCGGCGCGCGCCAUCUGCUCGCUGCUGCCAUACUCGAGCUACCCGGAGGCGACGCUGGCGCUGCUGGACGAGAUCGAACGCGACGGCCUGCGCAACCAGAACCUGCUGCAUGGCCGCCUGCUGCAGGUACUGUACAUGCUGCGGCACUGCGUGGUGGAGACGUCUGCCUACACGCCGCCGGACCUUCUACGCUGGCGGCCGGUGGCUGACCGCUGCCUGCUGCUGGGGGCGCUGCUCUCGCCACCCAACCGGUGCCCGCUGACGCAGGCGGCCGCCUGCGACGAGCUGGGCGCCGUGCUGGACGCCUGGUCCCGGCUGGUGGAGCACGCCUGCCGCGUGGACGGGCGCCUGUGCCUGCGGAGGGCGGCGUUGCCGCAGGAGGUGAGCAUGUGGAAGUCUCUGCUGACGCUGCUGGCGGAUGACGAGGCAGAAAUCCGAGACAGCGCCGCCGAGGUCGUGGAUGUUCUGGAUCCGCUGGAUGAGCUGUUCCCCACUGACGACCGUGACCUGCGUGUCACCAUCCGAGCCCUGCUGGAGUGGACGUUCGCCGAGGAUGACGGCGGCCAGAUCGGGCGCCUCCAGGACGCGGACCGGGUGUUUGACAAGGGCGAGAUGAACAUCCACUCUGAGGACGUGGCGCUGGUGCGCGCGGCCACCGACGCGCUGCUCACUGUGCUGCCCGAGCUGCCUGAACAGCCGCUGCUCUUCCCUGUCCACGAGCUGGCGCCGCUCGCGCUCGUCCGCCACCUACCGGCUGACUACCAACUCGAACUGUCGGACAUCCUCCGCGAGGCGGCGCGCCAAGCGCUAGCCGAGUUGCGCGCGCUCUCGCUGGGCGCGGCGGGCGUGGCGCAGCGCGGCCACGCCCACCUCUGCCUGCGCGCCUUCCGCCGCCUGAAGCUGGCCGCCGUGCUGCGCGAGUUCUUCCUGGAGCCGGCUGUCGACGCGCUCUGGACGGCGAGCGUGGCGCUGCUGGCGCGCGAGCCCUGCUUCCCCGGCCUCUGGGAGGAGGUGGUCAACUCUUGA